AGAGAAGACUCAGAGGAUCCCCUGCUGACUUGAGAAAGAAAAGCGAGAGGCACGCAGAUUACUGUGGAACUUGAAAAGAAAAGGCCCUACCAGAAGGAACUCCAGGAACCAUGAGCAGUGCAGCAUUACUGACUCACCUUCCAGACCCCACCAGCAGCUUCAGAGAGGAUGCCCCCCGCCCCCCUGUACCAGGGGAAGAAGGAGAGACACCAUGUCACCUGCCUGCCAACUUGUUUGUUCUGAAAAAACAAACCUUCAAGGCCAUGUCAGUUACUUCCACGCCAAGGAGGAAUGAGGAUGGUCUUGGGGAGCCAGAAGGCAGUGCAUCUCCAGACUCCCCUCUUGCACGAUGGACCAAGUCCUUGCAUUCCUUACUGGGAGAUCAAGAUGGUGCUUACCUCUUUCGGACCUUCCUGGAAAGAGAGAAAUGUGUGGAUACUUUAGACUUCUGGUUUGCCUGCAAUGGCUUCAGGCAGAUGGACCUUAAUGAUACCAAAACUUUAAGAGUAGCCAAAGCUAUAUACAAAAGGUACAUUGAGAACAACAGCAUUGUCUCCAAACAACUCAAGCCUGCCACGAAGACCUACAUAAGGGAUACUAUCAAGAAGCAGCAGAUAGAUUCUACAAUGUUUGAUCAGGCGCAGACUGAGAUUCAGAUUGUGAUGGAGGAAAAUGCUUACCAGAUGUUCCUAACAUCUGAUGUAUACCUCGAAUAUGUAAGGAGUGGGGGAGAAAAUCCUGCUUAUAUUAACAGCAAUGGACUGGGGAGCUUAAAAGUGGACUGUGGCUAUCUCCCUACAUUGAAUGAAGAAGAGGAAUGGAGUUAUGCAGAUUUUAAAGACAAACUUUUACCAUCUGUACUUGGACUGUCCAGUAAGACGCUGAGGGCUACAGCAAGCAUCCGAGCUACAGAAACUGUGGAGAAUGGGUUCAGGUCUUUCAAGAGGAAUGAUCCUGUUAACCCUUACCAUAUGAACUCUGGCUAUGUCUUUGCUCCAACUACUAGUGCAAACGAUAGUGAAAUAUCUAGUGAUGCUUUGACUGAUGAUUCCAUGUCAAUGACAGACAGCAGUGUUGAUGGCAUCCCUCCUUACAGACUUGGGAGCAAGAAGCAACUCCAGAGGGAAAUGCAUCGUAGUGUCAAGGCCAAUGGUCAAGUUUGUCUACCUCACUUUCCAAGAACACACCGUCUUCCUAAGGAAAUGACCCCUGUGGAACCAGCUAUCUUUGCAGCCGAACUCAUCUCUCGGUUGGAAAAGCUCAAGCAACAACAAGAGACCAUGGACUGCCUGGAAGAGAGGCUGCAGCAAAUCACAGAGGAUGAAGAGAAGGAGUGCCCCGACAUACCUGCCAGCUUGCAGACCAGUAGGGAGACUUCAGUCGCGCAGCAGCAGCACCCGCUCAACCUCUUACCAUCUGGCAGCUACGAGGAUGACCCGCAGGCAAUCCUGGAUGACCAUCUAUCUCGAGUGCUGAAGACUCCAGGGUGCCAGUCUCCUGGCAUGGGACGGCAUAGCCCUCGUACACGCUCACCGGACCGACUCCCAGGUGGCAAAGUGCUUCUGGGCACAGGAACGGCCUCUGUACCCACAGCUUGCGCCCUCGUCAGCAAAGGAUUUAUUACCAAGCAGACCACCAAACAUGUUCACCACCACUAUAUCCACCACCACACCAUCCCCAAGACAAAAGAGCAGAUAGAAGCAGAGGCAGCCCAGCGGGUCCGGUGCUUGUGUGCUGGGGGCAGUGACUACUAUUGCUACUCAAAGUGCAAGGGGCACUCAAAAGGAACAGACCUUCCUGCAGCUCACCUGGAGCCACCUGGAUUGCGCAGAACUGGGAUGCUGCAGAAGAGAACCUCUAAACUGCCAGAUGGCAUUAUCCUGCCAGGUGGAGAAGGAGGAGGGGUGUCUGUACUACCAGGGACCCAGCUACCUGGAGGAGAGGCAGACCGCUCACAGAAUGUCUGGCAGUGGAUGCUGGAGAGUGAAAGACAAUCUAAGCACAAGACCCAUAGCACACAAAGCACAAAGAAGGCCUACAACUCCGAGUCCACCAGAGGUGUGCCUGGUGAGCGUCCAGCCCGGCACCAUCUGUGGGGCAAUGGCAGCCACCCACGUGGGGCACACCCUGCCCACCCUUUUAUCCAAGAUCCUGCCAUGCCACCACUCACACCACCCAACACUUUGGCCCAGCUGGAGGAAGCUUGCCGCAGGCUAACUGAAGUAUCCAAGCCUCAGAAACAACGAUGUUCAACCUCAAAUCAACCAAGGGAUCGCAACCACUUGACUUCAGUACCCGGAGGAAAUGGUCCUUUUUGCAGUACAAGCGUAGCAACAGAAGAUCAUAAAGAAUCAAGAAAAAAUCCUACUGUUCACUCCUCCCAACCUAGUGAGUUGGUUGUCACUUAUUUUUUCUGUGGAGAAGAAAUUCCUUAUAGGAGGAUGUUGAAGGCCCAGAGCCUGACACUUGGGCACUUUAAAGAGCAGCUGAGCAAAAAGGGAAAUUAUAGGUAUUACUUCAAAAAGGCAAGUGAUGAGUUUGACUGCGGUGCUGUUUUUGAAGAAAUCUGGGAUGAUGAUGCCAUUCUGCCCAUGUACGAAGGAAGGAUCCUUGGGAAGGUCGAAAGGAUUGACUGACUGGCUGGCUGGCUGGCAUUGUCUGUGUA